AUGCCGAGUCAACGCCAGUGGCUCACUUUCAACAAGUGGUGCAAGGUCUAUGGUGGGUUCGCUGCUUGCGGUCCUACCCGAUAUUUAAUGGGCGUAGGCAACAUCGUGUCCGUCGAGGCAUUUGGCACUCGAUAUGUCAUCCUCGGUUCGCUCAAGGCGUGCACGGAUCUCUUCGACAGAAGAUCGUCCAACUUCUCAGAUAGACCGGAGAUCCCGAUGCUCAAUGACCUUUCUGGAUGGGGCUGGAACUUUGCCUUCAGAAAGUACGGUGCGAUGUGGAGAGAAGAGCGAAGAACGUUCCAUCAGUACAUGAACAGUACUCAAAUAGCGCAAUAUCGUCCCGUUCAGCUCCGAGAAGUGCGAUGCCUAGUGCACCGUUUACUGUCCCGGCCUGAUAAGUACGAGGACUACGUGAGGCAUAUGUUGGGCGCCACCAUAAUGGACGUUGUAUAUGGUAUCAAGGUGGCAGAUCACGACGACCAGUAUAUCAAAACAGCGGAGAAAGCACUGGAGACUUUGGCUCGCGCAGGGCAUCCGACGGCGUAUCUAGUGAACACCUUCCCAUGGUUGAAACAUGUACCAUCAUGGCUGCCGGGUGCACAGUUCAAACGUCAGGCGGAGAUAUGGAAGCGGAUAUCUGACGAGUUCAUUAUGCGCCCGCUUGAAUUCGUGAAGAAAAGCAUGAUAAACGGGACAGCACGACCUUCUAUCGCCUUAUCAUUGCUGGAAGAUCUCGAUGGCGAAGCGGAGAAGACCAGAGUUGCGCGAGAAACCAUAAUUAGAAAUGUUACGGCCAUCGCGUAUGCGGGUGGAGCAGACACCACUGUCUCCGCGAUAUACACGUUCUUCCUAGCUAUGGCCAAGCACCCGCAUGUUGUACACCGCGCUUGGCAGCAGCUCGACGAAGUGCUCGGUGACCAUCGACUCCCAACCUUUGAGGAUCAAGAACGUCUGCCGUACAUUACCGCCAUAUGCAAGGAGGUGAUGAGGUGGCAAUCUGUAGCACCGCUCGCUGCCGUACAUAGUUCCGUUGACGACGACGAAUACGAGGGCUACUUCUUGCCCAAAGGCACGAUUUUCUUUGGAAACGCCUGGGCCAUACUACACGAUCCAGAGGUGUACCCUGAACCAGAUGCGUUCAAACCGGAGCGCUUCCUGAAAGAGGACGGUAGCUUUGACACCACUGUCCAGGAUCCGAACGUAGCUGCGUUCGGUUUCGGAAGGAGAAUAUGCCCUGGUAGGUGGUUCAGCGGACAGUCUCUGUUCAUCUCGGUGGCCACCGUAUUGUCCGUCUUCGAUAUCAAGGCGCCGGUGGAUGAGACCGGCAAACCGACGGAGUUGAAAACAGACAUGACCACGGGUGUUCUGUCGUAUCCAGAGCCGUUUGAAUGCCGAGUCGUGCCACGUUCGGACAGAGCGAGGCAGUUGAUCCUGGAGGCGACUAGUGACACGGAGUAA